AUGUAAUUAAGUGAAUCCAAAGCAAUUCUGUUUAAUAAAUUAUUCGAGAGAGAUGUGUGUAUUAGAUGUAUAUUGAGAUUGUUCAAAAUUACAGAUAUUAGUACAUACAGGGAGACUCAACAAUUCAUUUAAUUGUUGUUUGAUGUAGGAAAAAUGAUUGGAAAUGAAAAUAAAUUAGUAGAAGAGUACGAUUUCUUGUUCUAUAAAAGGAAGGCUGAGAUUUUAGAUUCUGAUGUACAGCCUUUAACUUGUCAUUCUUCAUUAAAAGAUUAAUUUAUUAAAAACCCUUUUCACACCUUUGAUAAAAUUAAUAAAUGUUUAGUAUGUCAUGGAAUAUUACAAUGUGUGGAUGAUUCAAAAUUUAUAGGAAUACUAGUGGAUGAGAUAUAAAAAAAGUAAUAUUAAUUCGAAGCAUUUAAAUUUUAAGUCAAAACACCAAUUGGCUGCUAAAUUAGAUAAAUAAUAAUCGUAAAUCAAUGCAUUUCAGAAAUUGGUUAGAUAGACCCCUUAUAUGAAUACAUUAGAACUCCAAAUUUUGCAACAGACAUUAAGAUUUGCGUGAAGUGGAUAAUGUGUGGUUUAUUAAGUGAAUCACUUAAAGUCCCCAGUGACGCAAAUGAUGAUCGAUUUUAAAUAUGUUUAAAUUUUGAGAAUAUUGGGGAUGAUGUGAAAUAGUUUGAAUAGUUUAAGAAAAUAAUCUCAGAUAUAGAUGAUUAAUAAUGGGAAGAGAAAAUCACAAAGAAAUUAAAAAUGAAUGAUCCUCAACUGAAGGCAGAAACUCAUAAUAGAUUAUUGCAGAAGAAAAAUCAAUAAUCUCAACCAUUUUUGCCAACCUAAAAUAAUUUGGAGAAAAUCUCGAAAUUAACCAACGCUUAGAUAUCAUCCUAUAAGAUAGUAAAUGUUAACUAUCCAGUUAAGUUAGAAGUGUCUACUAGCUAUUAGAAUAUUUUUAUCAAAGGCAACUACAUUAAAUUAGGAAGAUACAUCAGUUAGACUCCAUGGAUUAUAGAUGGGAAUAAAAUCUAUGAAGAUUCAAUUGAAGAUUUGGUGAGUGCAGAAGCAUGCAAGAUAUUUAAGCCUUCAAGCGUGAAGUUUCAUUCAGGAGGCAGGGAAGAUAUUGAUGUAAGAAUGUUAGGAAAUGGUCGACCUUUUGCUAUUGAAUUAGUGGAUCCUCACCAAGGAGUCCUUAAUUAGACUUAAGAAAUCCUUAGUUAAAUAGAAUCUAAGAUCAAUUCAUAAAAUGUAGUUAAAGUAACUCCAUUGACAUAUACUGACACCAACAUUUUUGGAGAUUUGAAGAACUCAGAAACAAACAAGGUCAAAGCUUAUUGUUGUGUAGUUGAAUGCAAGAACGCAGUCAAUGCAGAUUUGUUAGAAUAGGCAAAUCAAAUCAAAGAUUUAGUCAUUAAAUAGAAGACUCCAAUAAGAGUACUACACAGAAGGACUCAAAUGGUGAGAGAUAAGAUCAUCCAUUCAUUAUUGAUUAAGAAAAUUAAUGAGAAAUGGCUUUUGGUUUAUGUGUUGAGUAGUGCAGGUACCUAUAUUAAAGAGUUCAUUCAUUCAGAUUUAGACAGAACAGUUCCUAAUUUAUGCUCACUUUUGUAGAAUGAAUGUGACAUUUAUUAAUUAGAUGUCAUAAAAUUAUACGAGAAGAUUAACGAGGCCGUUAUUAUUGAUUUUAAGAAUCUUGAUAUAGAAUGCGGGUGUAAAAUUUGA